AUGGCGGAAACAUCAUCGUCGUCGUCUUCAACAAAAUCGGAUGAAGAAAAAGAAGAGAUGCUGGACCGCUUGCUCACACGUCUGGCUCUCUGCGACGACUCCAAGCUCCAACCCUUACUUUCCAAGCUUCUCCCCUUCACCGUUUCCUCUCUUUCUUCUAACUCCUCCGCCGUCCGCAACAAGGUUCUUGAGAUAUUGAGUCACGUGAACAAGAGAGUAAAGCAUCAACCUGAGAUUGCUUUACCCUUAUCAGAGUUAUGGAAUAUAUAUUCAGAAGCUAAUGCUGCUUCAAUGGUGAGGAAUUUCUGCAUCCUCUAUAUUGAGAUGGCAAUGGAUCGUGCUGAUACAAAGGAAAAAGAAAAUUUGGCAGCUACACUGCUGUCUGGUGUUUCCAAACUCCCUCUUCAGCACCACGAAAUUAUACUCAGACUCGCUACCAAGGUCAUGGGUGAGUGUCACUCAAGUGGUGUAAAUGAUGAAGUUGCUGCAAAAGAAUGCCCACCUGGACUUUCGAUUGCUCAAACCCACCGUGUUACAGGGAAACAACCAUUGAAAAGUGAUAUACUUCUAACAAGAAAGUUAGGGAUCUUGAAUGUUAUUGAGGCUAUGGAGCUGGCCCCUGAGCUUGUUUAUCCUCUAUAUGUGGCUGCCUCUGUAGACUGUCAAGAGCCUGUUGUUAAGAAAGGGGAAGAGCUCCUAAAGAAGAAGGCUGCUGGAGCCAACUUAGAUGAUUCAGACCUCAUAAACACACUUUUUUUGUUAUUUAAUGGUACUGCUGGAGCUCAAAAUGUUGCUCCCGAAUCUCGAGUCACUCCUGCAAAUCCUGCUUUAAAAGCAAAACUUGUAUCUAUUUUCUGCCGGUCUAUUACAGCAGCAAACAGUUUCCCUUCAACUUUGCAGUGCAUUUUUGGUUGCAUAUAUGGAAGUGAUACCACAUCAAGGUUGAAGCAGUUGGGAAUGGAAUUCACCGUCUGGGUGUUUAAACAUGUAAGGACCUUCUGA